AUGCAGUUCUCCAUCUCCACCAUUACGAGCGUUCUUGCUGCUACUGCAGCUGCUCUCCCUACUGAGAAAGUCCAUCCCAAGAGAGGUACCAUCUCUGUUACUCCUCACGUUGAGUACAGCUCCAGUGUUAGCGUCCUCGGAUGCAAGACCAACACCAAUAGAGUCGCCUACUGGCCUAGGCCCAAGACUUGUCAGGGCCUUCAAACAGGCGACUCAGAUGCUGCCAAGAAAGUGUUCGAUAUUGGUCCCAGUAAAUCACGGGGACCUGAGAGGAUGUGA